AUGCCAAGUAAAACAAGAAAUAAGAAACUGUCCAGUCGGAAAAGGCUCACCAGUGAUAACACCAAGGAUAUUGAGGCCUCUUUUCACAUUGAAAAUACCAAGCCCUUUGAUCUGUCUGAGCUACGCAGUCCAUUGGUUGAUGCUACUCAAGAACUUGAAGAAGGCAAUCACGUCGAAACAGACUCGCCCGGAGGCACAUCCAUCCGAAGACGCCUUCAAGCUUUGACCACAGCUUCGAGUUCAUCUACUGAGACCGAUAGGCAAAGCUGGAAAUCGAUAUCGUCGUCCAAUAACGACACGCGAGCUUGGUCCGUCACAACACAGGACACAGGGUCAACAGGAAUCAGCACCGUCUCAACUUCGACAGUCACACAGAACUCAAAGAGAAAGAAGAAGAAAAACAAAGGAUCCUCGAAGAGAAAGGACUCUGGUGGCGCCUUAAGUCUUAAGUUCCUCAGGUCGCCUGGUGAUUACAUGCAAUUCGACUUGGAUUACUGCGAGGCUCAAAUCGCAAUGUCUAACAAGGAGCCAGAAUGUGAACCUGAGAUCGGCAAAGCAUCGGCCGAGGAACUGCUCACCUACCUCCGCGGUAUAACUGGAACCCAAGUCCGUGACAUUCCUGCAAGCGACAUGAAAGCCCCUCGCAGACCAAACGAAUCCAGGGCCUGGGAUCAUAGAAACCUCUGGUGUGUCGACUGCCAAGAAAUGGCGCAGAAAGCCGCCGACGAAAGCUUGGAUCCAGAUCAGGUUCACCAAGCAAAGCGUCUUGGGAAGAUAAUCGAACAUCUUGGUACCCACGCUAAAGAUGUCAGUACUUUUGCACAGUGUACGCCCCCCGAUGGGUGUGGGCGAUACGUAUGCGCUAGCUGCUCCGGCGUGUGCCCAAGCGAGAUAUGUCGGGAUAUUCAGUGCAAGGAGUGCAAGCCGGAUCCCUGGGCUUCCUGUGAUUGGCACGAUUGA